AUGGCAGACAAAAGGAGUUAUUUGUUUGCAGAUUUAGAGCGUAUUACCCAAGAAGAAAUAUUGACUAUUAUAGAGGGCAUUCAAUCUGAUGUGGUCUCAGAUAUUGAUGACUGCUCUGAUGGCGAUGACAAAACAGAUUUUUUAACAAGAAAUCUUGAUAAACGUGCUUUUGAUAUAGAGUCUUUGCUAGUUUUCUUGGAAAAAAACGUUUUAGAAGAAAACCAAAUGGAGAACGUAAAGAGAGAAAUUGUCAUGGAAAAAAAUAUAGUAACAAUAUUGCAAAUCAAUUUAAUGAUUAAAGAAGUAGAAGAACCAAAUAAAACAAUCAUCAGAAAAACAAAUGUUGAAAAUUACAUGAUAAUAUCUGUAGAAAUGGAAAUACAAGAAAAUACAAGGAAAUACAAGGAAAUACAAGGAAAUACAAAGAAAUACAAAGAAAUACAAGGAAAUACAAGGAAAUACAAGGAAAUACAAGGAAAUACAAAGAAAUACAAAGAAAUACAAGGAAAUACAAAGAAAUACAAGGAAAUACAAAGAAAUACAAGGAAAUACAAGGAAACACAAGGAAAUGCAAGGAAAUCUGGAACUAAGUAA